AUGAGCUCUCAGGAUAUCUUACAAAAAACACUUAGCUUCUAUGCCCCAGGCCCUGACUUUUCGCAAACCGGCGUUAAGCCUUUUAGGGAUAGAUUUGAUGCUAGCAAACCCAUUCCUGCUGUCGAAAACCCAACCUCUUCGAUCUUGCCAUGUGAAAAGUUGAAAAUCGUCGAUGGACACUUUGUGGACUCGCUGGGACGGAAAAGAACGCUCAAGGGCAUCAAUGUCGAUAACAGCAUGAAGCUUCCUGCGGAGCCCUUUCUGCCCUCUUACGGUGGAAACUCGCUGGAUGCUAGUAAUGUCUUUUUCGAAGGAGAUAAGGUGAGCUUUGUGGGUAGGCCAUUCCCGUUAGACGAGGCUGAAGAGCACUGGAGAAGGAUAAAGAGCUGGGGCUACAACACCGUUCGUUACGUGCUUACUUGGGAGGCCAUUGAGCACGAGGGUCCUGGGAAGUACGACGAGGACUUUGUGGAUUACACAAUUGAGAUGUUGAAAAUCGUCCACAAAGUCGGAGGCAUCUAUGUCUUUUUGGAGAGCCACCAGGACGUCUGGUCCCGGUAUUCUGGAGGCUCUGGUGCACCUUUAUGGACUUUCUACGCUGCCGGUCUUCAACCUACGAAUUUUUCAGCCACCGAAGCCGCUAUCUGCCAUAAUGACGCCAGGUUCACUAAUCCCACUGACUCAGAAUGCUACCCCAGGAUGUUCUGGACCACCAAUUACCACAGAUUGGCCAACCAGACCAUGUUCACCAUGUUUUUCGCUGGCAAAACGUACUUUCCGCAUCUCCAAAUUAACGGUGUUGAUAUCCAGACCUACCUCCAGGGUCACCACCAGGAUGCCUUGACCUACUUGUCGAAAAGGGUAGUUGAUGCACUUCCAGAAUUGGUGGAAGACGGAACCCUCUUGGGUUUUGAGUCCAUAAACGAGCCUCACAUGGGCCUUCUUGGUACCCCAGACUUGGGUCUGAUUCCCAAAGACCAGACCAUUCGAUUAGGUACCACCCCUACUUUUUUCCAGAGUGUGAUCCUCGGAAUGGGUCUUCCUGUCGAGGUGGAAAAGUACAUUGUCACCCUCUCUGGCCCUGUCAAACAGGGAAGCGAAGUUGUUGAUCCUAAAGGCAAAACAGUCUGGCUUAGUGCUGAAGAGAGUGCAAGGUAUGACUCUCACUACGGCUGGAAACGUUCAGGAUGGACCCCUGGUGAGUGCAUUUUCUCUGCCUUGAAGAUCUGGGAGUGGUCAAGGUCUGUGGAUUUGAAAGAUGUUUACAGGCUCUCCUUAGAGGAAAGACUCAAUUUCGUGGAAACUCAGUGCCGCUUGCUUCAGCCUUUUUACUUUAGCGAUCCUUCCAAAAUCUCCUCCUAUCUCGGCAACAAACCCCCGCCAAAAAAGGUCGAUGUGGAGUUCGCUCUCGCAAACUUCUUUAUUGACUUCUACCUUUCCAACAAACAGCUGGUCAGGGAUCUCAACAAGGACUUCCUUAUGCUCAUCCAGCCCCCCAUGUUCUGUCCUCCGCCUGAUCUCAGCAACGACAAAAGAGGCGUUAUCGACGAGAAAACCGUCUAUGCUCCACACUGGUACGACGUCAUGACGCUCAUGUUGAAAAACUGGAAUGAGCACUUCAAUGCUGAUUCCUUGGGUAUAAGCCGAGGCCAGUAUGCCCACCCAGCCUUGGGCGUUGUGGUGGGUGAAAAGGCCAUCAGGAAUUGCAUUGCAAAACAGCUUGAAUUCAUAGUUGAAGAUGGCAAGGAGAGACUAGGCAACAUUCCAGCCAUCAUGACGGAAACGGGGAUUCCCUUCGAUAUGAACAAGAAAAAGGCUUAUGGGGACUACAAAUACACUUUACAAACCAGCGCUUUGGACACGAUUGCCAAUGGUCUAGAGCAGCUGGGCUUGCACCACACUUACUGGUCAUAUUGUGCCAUCAAUAGCCACGAAUACGGUGACCACUGGAACAACGAGGAUUUCGCUUUUUGGUCGCCUGAAGAUCAAGGAAAGAGCCUCGGUAAGGGCGAUUUUAAGGAACGCAUGACGAACUGCUACCCGUCAAAUGACGGCGUUCGUGCUCCUAGUGCUGUUUUCAGACCUUUCUUGGUAACCCAUAAAGGCACACCAAAAGCUGUUGAAUUCGACAUCCAGACAUCCAAGUAUUCGCUCACCAUUGACGUCACGGGCCAAACAGGCUUAUCGGAAGCUCCCACGGUCAUUUUCGUUCCCAAGUGGCAUUUUCCCGGUUUGUCUUACAACGACAUCUAUGCCACUUCUGGAGACUUCAAGUACAACGAAAAGCUCGAGUACCUAGAGUGGUACCAUCCCGAGGGCGCUGGCGAGGAAACCAUCGUUAUCAAAAAAUACAAUGGCGAUAAGGACGAUGUCACGAAAAGGGAGGAAAACCAUGCUUUCUGCAACGUCGUUUAG